AUGCACGUGACGAAGGCGCAGAUUACGCCACGGGCAAAAUCUUAUACAAGUAUUUACGAUUUAUUUGGUUCUACACCUUUCAGUAAUAUUCGUUAUAAAAAUUCAAAAAGGGCGAACAAAUACACAUCAGUUUUCCAUGCAUGUAGAGAUUCAACGAAAAAGAAUAUCAAUCCAGAUUAUUCAACUCCGUAUGUUACAAGUGAACAGUAUCAGGACAUCAAUCGAGAUAAUAGCAUAGACUACCUCGUAAGAUCUACGAGUACUGUUUUUUACGAUCUCGACGAUAUUGCAAAAAGGCAUUCUUUUCAUGGUUUGGAUGGCAUUAACUCCUCCAACAUUAAUUUGCUUAAAGUGAUGACAAUACCUCUCCGAUCGAAAGGGUUUACUGCUAAUUCUGAUGCUAUUGUGCAGGAAUGUGCAACGCAAAUUAAACCAAAACUUAUGCCACGUGACAGUGUCGAUAUUAAUUCUAAAAAAGCAAGACAGUUUCCCGGGGAACCUUUUUUAUCCUCUGAAAUUUUCUUAAGGGAUGAUAUAUAUUCAGAUAAUAAGAGAUCAUAUUAUGAAAGAGAGGGAGCGGAUAGACAACAAAAAUUCUGGUCAUUUGCUAAAUACAGAACGGAAUAUACUAAACCUAUUCCAGAAGAAAAGAAACACAAAAAGAAAGACCGAGGUAAACGUACAGAAGACCCAUGUCCGUGUCAGUUGUUUUCGUACGCAUGCCCUUGUACUGAUAAAAAAUCUCUCACAGAACUGGCAAAAAAUAAAUCUAUUACAAUUGAUCAAAUCACAAGUACGGAAAAAAUAUUAAAAGAAGAGAAAAAAGAAAUUAAAAAUAAAGUAUCGAAAAAUUGUUACACUAAAGAAAAUAAACAAACCGACUAUAGUGUGAUCACUGAAAAAUAUGAAGUGGUACCCGUUAAAAACGAAGCUGUCCUAACAGUUGAAGAAGAACGUAAUAUAUCAAAAUUAACUGAAGGUGGAAAUAAUGAUAGCACAAGUCAUAAAAAUAAAACAAAGUCUAUAAAAAAACGGAAAAAAAUUACAUGUCCUAACUGUAAAGAAAAUGUUGACGUCGUCAUCAGUACAACCGAAGAAGAAGAAAGUGUUAAAUAUGUUAACUCUUCAAUGUAUUGCUUCAAGGAACCAUCCACCCAGCAAUCAAAAAACAGUUGUUGUUCAAAACAAAAAUCAAAUCAACAUAAAAGUUAUGUAUCUCAGGAUAAUUGUAAUCAUGACCCACGUUGUGAGUUAAUUCCUAUAUGCCAAAUAUUACCUAGUGAAAAUGUUUAUCUUAAUCACAAACAUACAAGAAAGCAGCCAAAUCCAAAACAAGCUAAAGUUAUAAGAAUUACUAAAGCGUGUAGGCACCAUCCACCUUGCACUGUGGUUCCAUCUUGUCAACGGGCAAAUGUAUUAAAGAAUAACUGUGAAUAUAUACCACCAUGCUUACAUAGGCCGCGGUGUGUUAAUUUACCUUUGUGCGUACCAGAAUCGAAAACAUUUCGUUAUGAAGAACCGCCAAAGAUAAUAAAUGAAACGGAAAGCACAGAGUGUCCCCAUAUACCGAAAUGCAAAUAUUAUCCCGAAUGUCAAUACGAAUAUGUUAUGAGCAAUUUAGAUAAUCAGGUAGCUGUGAGUCCACACGUUCAAGAUAAUUGUAAAUUCCAUAAUAAUUAUCCCCAACAACCAUUUGCAGUGAGCCCUAAAAUAACGGGUACUAUAAAUGCAUCGGUAUUCACUCAAAUGGCGUCACGUACUGUUUGCUGUUGUGAAUACAGCAAGUCAUGUCAGUUUGAUUCCAAAGACAGUAAAUGUGAUCUGACAUGUUAUACUAAAGACAGUUCAAGUAGUGAAGCAAUCGUAUUCAUAAGAGACGUUGGUUGUCAAUUCAAGACAAAAAAAAAUUCACCAAUAGAAUUAGCACAAUCGAAAAUCUCUAACGCAUCAUUCGAUAUGGUCGAUGAAAGGAUGGGGAAUUGUUAUAACAAUAUCCAUACGUUAAGAUACGAAGAUAAAUGUACAAGCCCCGCGGAAGAAGAAGAUGUUUCUGAAAUUAGUAUUUCUGUUACCACAUUUGAUUCCCAUUGUCCAACACACGGUGGUAUAUCUUCUAAAUAUAAAAAUGAGAAAAGGUCAGGUUUUAACCCCCAACUAAAUAUAUCGCCAUAUGUAGCAUAUGCUACACACACAUCUCCAAUGGUGAGUUCUAUCUAUGCAAAUGAAAACAAAGAAUUGUGUGACGAAAGAGCAUCGGAGCAGGUCUACCGUAAUAGCACAGUCUCCGUAAAAUCUCGCAGGAAUUUGAAAGGUAAAUGCAAAAGAAUUUUUUCAGUGAAAAAGAGACGAAAGUCUAAAGCAAGUACUCAUAGAUUUGUUGGGUAUCCUAUUCAUAAACCAGUAUAUUGA